GAGCCGGACACCAAUAUGGAGCCUGAGGACCUGCCCUGGCCCAGCGAGCUGGAGGAGGAGGUGGAGGAGGAGGCGGAGCAGGCGGAGACUUUGGACCAGGACGAAGCGGACGUAGUGGAGGAGAUGGAGGAAGAGGAGGGACGGGAGCUGGACGCGGACUUGAACUACGAGCGUCAGCCUCGGGAGAGUACUGACGACGAGGACGACGAGGAGGCCAAGGCCUGGCUGCAGGCGCGCCCCCGCAGGACUUUGCCUCCGCCGUCGCUUCCGAGGCACUGCUACCUGGAGGGAGAGCGGACCGGCUCGGAGGAGGGAACAGAAUCUUGGCAUUGUCUUCCUCAAGAAAUGGACUCUUCUCACAUCUUGGAUACAACCCAGACCAGGUUUAAUGUGAAGGAGGAAGGGACUGAAGUGACAGACUUCUCCUCUCUGGAGGAAGGUAUAUUGACCCAAUCAGAAAGUCAAGUAAAGGAACCCAACAGAGAUCUAUGUUCUCCAUUGCUAGUCAUACAAGACAGCUUUGGUUCUCCUGAUUUGCCUUUGCUGACAUGUUUGACACAAGAUCAAGAGUUUACCCCUGAUUCCUUAUUUCACCAAAGUGAACUAGAUUUUGCACCUCUGAGGGGAAUUCCUGGUAAGUCUGAAGACACUGAAUGGUUUUCUCGACCGUCGGAAGUUAGUGAAGCUUUAUUCCAGGCAGCCUCAGAAGUUGCUUCAGACUUAGUUAGCAGUUGCUUUAGUGUAUCUCAGCACCCGCUUGUAGGUAGUACAGUUGAAUCUCAGCGCUCUUUUUUACCUCCUGAACAAGGGCCUGAAGAAGAGACUAUUUCAUCUGAUACAGUCGAUGAACUGAAAACCCCCAAAGACUCUGAUGGUUAUGAUGCUCUUUGUUCAAAUAUGUCAUGGAAGACACAAGAAGUUAUACAGGAGCCAGAAACCAAUUUAGCUGAUAAAGAUCAAGUUUCUUUUUCAACUUCGUCUGAUACAAGUGAUGAAUAUAUAACUCCUAAAGGAAGUGACAGUUUUGAAGCUUCUUGUUCAUAUGUGCAGUAUGGGAAACAGGAAGCUGUAUUACAGCAGUCAGAAAAAUAUUUAGCCAGUGAGGACCAUGAUUCUUAUUCAGAUUCAUCUGACACAACUGAUAAAAAUAAAAUCCCCAAGGAAAGUGACAGUUUUGGUGCCCCUUUUUCAGGUAUGCUAUGGAGCGAACAGGGAGCGUCACACCAUCCAGAAACAUGCCUAAUCAUUAAGGACUGUGUUUCUUUUCCACAGGAGGUUGCUCCUCAUUUUAAUAAUAAAAUGUCAUAUUCUUUCUUUCGUUGUUCGUUGGAAAGAAGAAGAAAAGGGGUUCCUUUGAUGUCUGAUAGUCAUUAUUUUGAGAGUGUUUGUUUAAGGGCUCCAGCUGAGAAUGAGGUGAAACAAAAGAUGGAUUCUUUAGUGGGUUGUGAAAGAAAUGAAAAAGGUCUGGGGAAAGAAUUAUCUCAAUGUUUUGAACUAAAGGAAGAUAGAAAUACUUUAGUAUUUUCAGAGGGACAUCCCAGAUCUUCAGAAAUACAGUGUAAUGAGAAUGUUGUAGUUCCAGAAAAUUCUGUAACAGUUUCAGAAACACAUAUACUCUCUAGGGGACAUGAUACCUCUAAGAUGGAGGCUUCUGGUGGUCCUCUUCAGAUUACUAAAUCCAACUUGGAUGAGACGUCAGAGCAACUGUAUUUUCAAGAGGAAAGAAACCAAAAGGCAGCUUCUGCUUUUGGUGGGAAAAAUGUUGAUGCUACUGAAAAUGUAGCCUUUGAGGCAGUUAUUGCCUCUAUUGAGCCUUCCAAGAAAGAGAGUACAGCGAAUGAAAUCCAAACUGACAUCAAUAAAUCUUCAACAAAUGACAGCCAAGAAAGUGAACCAAAAAAUCCACAUCUUUCCCUAUUAAGUUAUAAUGAUGAAGAGUCUUUCUUUGAUAAACUUAGUCAUCCACGCUAUCAGUCUACUCCUGGAGUGUUUGAACCAGCAGCUUCAAAACCAUUGUUGUAUAAAAAAGAUGAUGAUGAUAGCUCCCUGUACCAGCAUGCUAAUUUAAAAUCACUCCCCAGUGUUCCUCAGGAAAUGAUCAUUAAGCCACUUUCUCUUAUUCCAGAGCUUAAGUCAUCUGCUUCUUUAAAUGAAAAAUCUCACAGCCAGGCUGUUGGUCUUUGCAAAACACAGUCAGCUUUAUUUCAGUGUAAUAUAGACAAUAAACCAUUUCUUCCCCUUGGGAAGAUAAAGUCUGUUUCUGCUCUUGACCUUGAAGAGAAGGUAGGAUCUUCAAACAUUAUUUAUCCAGUGAAAAUAUCGACUUCAGAUUCGUUGGUUUUGCAAGAUUUAAAGCAGCAAAUCUUUGAAGAAGUUGCAGAUUCCUCAAACUAUAUUUUGGAGGGCCUGCAGGGGAAGGCUGAAUCUGACAUCUGUACUCUGGAUGAUGAUACUGAAUGCUGUAGCCUAGAUGAAAAUGCUCUUGUAUGCAGUAAAAGAGAUGCUGAACUACAAAGAGAGAUAUAUGACCAAGGUGACUUGACUGGUGAGUGCAUUGAGCUGGCAGGUUUAGAAAAUUUGCUUGAUGAUCUUGAGAUUUGUGACAGCUCCCUGCACUGGCAAUCUACUUUACAACUACCAUCUAAGGAAGAGAGCAAUUUUGAAGAGCCCGUAGGUCAUUCUAAUGUGGCCAUUAAUCAGUCUUUUUCAUCUGUAUUGCUGCCAUUUGUUCCUCAUGAGCCAACCAGAGAGUCGGAGUAUCGCUCUUCAGAUCUCAGAAUGUUGAGGGUAUCUCCCGACACUGUGCCAAAGACUGUCAAACAUUUAGCAGGAGAUACUUCUAAAGGAGGCAUAGCUGAAAUUACUCAAUCCAGCUUGACACCAGGCAUUGCUGCCACUCCUGGAGAUUCAGACAUUGGAUCUCAUUUAUCCUUGUCCCCUGAGGACUUUCCUCAGUUGGCUGUAAGGUCUUUUCAGGAGAAUACUGUUGGUCAACAUAUUGAUUCUCUCAACCGACAGGCAUUGGCAGAUAGUCAUCUAACUGAAGAGACUCUGAAAGUUUUAACUGUUCCUGAACUAGCUGACCAGAAGACUGCGAUAUCAACAGUACCCUCUAGUUCCUACUCAGAAAGAGGGAAGUCUAAUAUUUUCUACCCACAGGGCUUACCAAACAGUCAUCUAACUGAAGAGGCUCUGAAAGUUUCAGUUGUUGCUGGACCUGCUGACCAGAAGACUGGCAUACCGACAGUCCCUCCCAGUUCCUACUCACUGGGAGAGAAGCCCAGUAUUUUCUACCAACAGGCAUUGUCAGACAGUCACCUAACUGAAGAGGCUCUAAAAGUUUCAGCUGUUCCUGGAUCUGCUGACCAGAAGACUAAGAAAACAACAGUAGAGAAACAUGUUAUUUUCUCCCAGCAACAGUUGCCAGACAGUUCUCUAACUGAAGAGGCUCUGAAAGUUUCAGUUGUUCCUGGACCAGUUGAUCAAAAGAGUAGGAUACUAAUAGUACCUUCAAGUUUCUACUCCCUUGGAGAGAAGCCUGGUAUUUUCUACCAGCAAGCUUUGCCAGACAGUCAUCUAACUGAAGAAGCCCUGAAAGUUUCAGCUUCUCCUGAACCAGAUGACCAGAAGACUGGGAUACCAGCAGUAACCUCUACUUCUUACUCACAUAGAGAGAAGCCCAGUAUUUUCUAUCAACAAGAGUUGCCAGACAGUCAUCUAACUGAACAGGCUCAGAAAGUUUCAGCUGUUUCUGGAUUUGCUGAGCAGAAGAAGACUGGGGCACCAAUAGUAACCUCUACUUCUUAUUUACGUGGAGAGAAGCCCCAUAUUUUCUAUCAACAGACAUUGCCAGACAGUCAUCUAACUGAACAGGCUCAGAAAGUUUCAACUGUUCCUGGAUUUGCCGAGCAGAAGACUGGGAUACGAACAGUAACCUCUGCUUCUUAUUCACAUAGAGAGAAGCCCAGUAUAUAUCAACAGGAGUUGCCUGACAGUCAUCUAACUGAACAGGCUCAGAAAGUUUCAACUGUUCCUGAAUUUGCUGAGCAGAAGACUGGGGCACCAGCAGUAACCUCUACUUCUUACUCACCUGGAGAGAAGCCCCGAAUUUUCUAUCAACAGACAUUGCCAGACAGUCAUCUAACUGAACGGGCUCAGAAAGUUUCAGCUGUUUCUGGAUUUGCUGAGCAGAAGACUGAGGCACCAAUAGUAACCUCUACUUCUUACUCACCUGGAGAGAAGCCUCAUAUUUUUUACCAACAAGAGUUGCCAGACAGUCACCUAACUGAACAGGGUCAGAAAGUUUCAGCUGUUCCUGGGUUUGGUGAGCAGAAGACUGGGACACCAACAGUAACCUCUACUUCUUAUUCACAUAGAGAAAAGCCCAGUAUAUACCAACAGGAGUUGCCAGGCAGUCAUCUAACUGAACCGGCUCAGAAUGUUCCAGCUGUUCCUGGAUCAGCUCACCAGAAGACUGGGAUACCAAUAGCACCCCCUACUUCCUACUCCUGUAGAGGGAAGACCAGUAUUUUCUAUCAGCAGGAGUUGCCAGACAGUUGUCUAACUGAGCAGGCUCAGAAAAUUGCAGCUAUUCCCGGACAAAUUGACCAGAACACUGGGAUACAAACAGUACCCUUUAGUUCCUACUCACACACAGAGAAGCCCAUUAUUUUUUACCAGCAGGAGUUACCAGAUAGUCAUCUAACUAAAGAGGCUCUAAAAGUUUCAGCUGUUCCUGGACCAGCUGACCCCAACACUGGAUUACCAACAGGGUCCUCUAGGUCCUACUCAUUUGGAGAGAAGCCCAGUAUUUUCUCCCAGCAGGCCUUACCAGAUAGUCAUCUAAGUGAAGAGGCUCUCAAAGUUUCAUCUGCUUCUAAACCAGGUGACCAGAAGACUGGUGUAGUAACGGUACCUUCUAGUUCCUACUCACCUAGAGAGAAGCCCAGUAUUUUCUACCAACAGGCGUUGCCAGGCAGUAAUGUACCUGAAGAGGUUCUGAAAGUUUCAGUUGUUGCUCCUGGAGCAGCUGAAAAAAAGAGUGGGUCACCAUCAGAAGCCUCUAGUUUCUACUCAGAGAGAGAGAAGUCCAGUGUUUUCUACCAACAGGAAUUGCCAGACAGUCAUCUAACUGAAGAGGCUCAGAAAGUUUCAGCUGUUUCUGGACCAGCUGACCAGAAGACUAGGAUACCUACAGUAACCUCUACUUCUUACUCACAUAGAGAGAACCCCUUUAUUUUUUACCCACAGGGAUUGCCAGACAGUCAUCCACCUGAAGAGGCUCUGAAAAUUUCUGCUGUUGCUGGACCAGCUGACCAGAAGACUGGGUUGCCAUCAGAGCCUUCUAGUUCCUACUCACAUAGAGAGAAGCCCAUUAUUUUCUACCCACAGGGCUUGACAGACAGUCGUAUAGCUGAAAAGGCUCUGAAAGUUUCAGCUGUUCCUGGACCAGCUGACCAGAAGACUGGGUUGCCAUCAGAGCCUUCUAGUUCCUACUCACAUAGAGAGAAGCCCAUUAUUUUCUACCCACAGGGCUUGACAGACAGUUGUAUAGCUGAAGAGGCUCUGAAAGUUUCAGCUGUUUCUGGACCAGCUGACCAGAAGACUGGGUUGCCAUCAGAGCCUUCUAGUUCCUACUCACAUAGAGAGAAGCCCAUUAUUUUCUACCCACAGGGCUUGACAGACAGUUGUAUAGCUGAAGAGGCUCUGAAAGUUUCAGCUGUUCCUGGACCAGCUGACCAGAAGACUGGGUUACCAUCAGAACCUUCUAGUUCCUAUUCACAUAGGGAGAAGUCCAGUAUUUUCUACCAACAAGACUUGCCAGAUAGUCAUCUAACUGAAGAGGCUCUGAAAGUUUCAGCUGUUCCUGGACCAGGUGACCAGAAGACCAGAAAACCAGCAGUAACUUCUAUUUCUUACUCACACAGAGAGAAGCCUAGUAUUUCUUACCAACAGGAGCUGCCGGGUAGUCAUCUAACUGAAGAGGCUCUGAAAGUUUCAGGUGUUCCUGGACCAGCUGACCAGAAGACUGGGAUACCUACAGUACUAUCUAGCUCCUAUUCAUAUGGAGAGAAGCCUAUCAUUUUUUACCAGCAAAGGUUGCCAGAUCUUACUCAAGAGGCUUUAAAAGUUUUAGGGGUUCCUGGACCUGUGGAGGAGAAGACUGGGAUAUCAGCAGUUACCUCUACUUCUUCCUCACAUGGAGAGAAGCUCGUCAUUUCUUACCAGCAAGAGUUACCAGAUAUUACUGAAGAAACUUUGAAAGUUUCAGCUGUUUCUGGACCAGCUGACCAGAAGGCUGGGACGCGAAUAAUCCCUUCUAGUUCCUACUCACAUAGCGACAAGGCCAAUAUUUUUGACCAGCAGGAAUUGCCACAUCUUACUGAAGAAGCUUUAAAAGUUUUUGCUCUUCCUGGCCCAGCUGCCCAGAAGACUGAGAUACCAACAGGACCUUCUAGUUCUUACUCACAUAAGGAGAAACUCACGAUUUCAUCUGUGAUUUUACCGGAUGACCAGAAGACUGAGUUACCAACAGCUUCUCCGAGUUCCUACUCACAUAUAGAGAAGCCCAAGAAUUCAACGGUGACUGGAUCAGACGACCAGAAGACUCCCUUACUGACAGUUUUUCGUAAUUUUUAUUCUCAGAGAGUAAAGCCCAGUAUUUUCUUUAAACAGAAGUUGCCAGAUAGACAUCAAAGUGGAGAUAUUCUGAAGAUUUCAACUGUCCCUGAACAAACUGAUGUGAAUUCUGGAAUACCAAUACCUCUUUCUAGUUCCUAUUCACACAGAAAGACAACUAAUAUUUUCUACCCGCAGGAAUUGCUGGACAAGCAUCUAACUGAAGAUACACUGAAGGUUUCAACAAUUCCUGGACCAGCUGACCAGAAAACUGUGUCAUCAACAGCUCCUCCUAGUUCCUUUUCACACAGAGAAAAACCAGAUAUAUUCUCUCAUCAGGAUUUGCCAGAUACACAUCUAACUGAAGAUGCCCUAAAGUUCUCAAGUGGUCUUGGGCAAGCUGAUCUGAUUACUGGGUUAUCAACAGUUUCUCCUGGUACUUAUUCACAUAGUGAGAAGCACAAACUUGUUUCAGACCAUGUUCAAAGGCUCAUAGAUAAUUUGGAUUCUUCUAACUCCAGUAUUAUCUCAAACAGUAUGCCUUUAAAUUCUCAGGCUGAUGGUAGAGUUGUAAUAAGUAAGCCAGAAUCUUCGGGUUUUGAAGAUGUUGGCUCUGAGGAAAUCCGGGACACAGACAAUGGUUCCAAAAGUCUUAAAGAGAUUCGGACACUUUUAAUGGAGGCAGAAAAUAUAGCACUGAAACGAUGCAAUUUUCCUGCUCCCCUUCUCCCUUUCAGAGAUGUUAGUGAUAUUUCCUUUAUACAAUCUAAGAAGGUGGUUUGCUUCAAAGAACCCCCCACAACUGAUGAAUCUAAUGAUGAUUUACCUCAGAGACAGCCAUUCGCAGAGGAAAUCCCAAGCAACAAGUGCAUACAGAAGGAUAUUAGCACACAGACGAAUGUGAAAUGCCAGAGAAGCAUUGAAAAUCGGGAGUUUAUUAGUUCAGCUACAGUUAGAAGUCCUCUACAGGAAGCAGAAAGCAAAGCCAAGGUGGCAUUAGACAAAACCCUUAGGCAGUAUAAAACAGCCAAAUCUGUGAUGAGAUCUGAAUCUGAAGGGUGUAGUGGGACCAUUGGAAAUAAAAUUGUUAUCCCUAUGAUGACUAUUAUUAGAAGUGAUUCAAGUAGUGAUGCCAGUUCCUGCUCAUGGGACAGUAAUUCCAUGGAGUCAGUUUCUGAUGUUCUUCUAAACUUCUUUCCAUAUGCUUCAUCCAAGACAAGUAUGACAGAUAGCAGAGAGGAAGAGGGUGUGUCAGAGAGCGAUGAUGGGGGUAGUAGCAGUGUAGAUUCACUGGCUGCACAUGUGAAAAACCUUCUGAAGUGUGAAUCCUCUUUGAAUCAUGCUAAACAGAUACUCAGAAAUGCAGAGGAAGAGGAAUGUCGGGUACGAGCACGAGCCUGGAAUCUGAAGUUUAAUUUGGCUCAUGAGUGUGGCUACUCCAUUUCAGAAUUAAAUGAAGAUGACAGGAGAAAAGUAGAAGAGAUCAAAGCAAAGUUGUUUGGUCAUGGGAGAACAGCUGACUUGUCCACGAGUUUCCAGAGUCCACGGGGAAUAGGAUGCGAGCCAGAAGCCGUAUGUAGUCACAUUAUUAUUGAGAGCCAUGAAAAAGGAUGCUUCAGGACUCUAACUGCUGAACAACCACAGCUGGACAGCCAUCCUUGUGUUUUCAGAUCUGCUGAUCCCUCAGAAAUGAUCAGAGGACAUCAGAGCCAAUCAUUGUGGAGAACCAGGCACAUCAACCUUUCCAAAUCACUAAAUCAGAACAGCCCCCAUUUCGAGGUUUGGAACUCCUUGCAGUUACAAAGUCAUUCCCCAUUUCAAAACUUUACAGCUGAUGACUUCAAAAUUAGCAGGGGACUUCGAAUGCCAUUCCGUGAAAAGAUGAACCCUUGGCUGUCGGAAUUAGAACCUGCUUGUGUGCCACCUGAAGAAAUUGAUUGUAAUUCAUCACAAAUGGUGUCCCCAGAACCCAUGAAAAACUUUACUACCUCCAUCACUUUUUCAUCUCACCAACAUUCUAAAUGCUUUUCAGAUUCCUCUGUUCUUAAGGUUGGUGUUACUGAAGGUAGCCAGUGUACUGGAGCAUCUGUGGGGGUAUUUAAUUCUCAUUUCACUGAAGAGCAAAAUCCUCCUAGAGAUCUAAAACAGAAAACCUCUUCCCCUUCAUCAUUUAAAAUCAUUAGUCAUUCACCAGAUAAAGCUGUGACUAUUUUAGCAGAAAGUAGUAGGCAAAGCCAAAAAUUAUCUGUUGAACAUUCUCACCAAGAAGAAAAACUCUUAGAGAGAUCAGAUUUUAGAGGCAGUCAUUCUGAGCCCAGUACCAGUGCAAAUCGUAGCAAUUUCAAGGAAGUUCAUUUUUCUGAUAACCAUCCCCUCAUUAGCAUGGGCAGACCAAGUUCCACACUAGGAGUAAAAGAGAAGACUGUAAAUAGAACUCCAGAUCUUCCUUUGCACAUUUUUCUUGAACAACGAGAGCUCUUUGAUCAAAGCAGAGUCCCACAUGCAGAUCACCAUGUGAGAAAACACCAUUCUCCCUCUCUUCAACAUCAGGAUUAUGUAGCUCCAAACCUUCCGUGUCGUAUUUUUCUUGAAAAACAACUCUUUGAGCAAAGCAAAGCCCCACAUGUAGAUCAUCCGAUGAGAGAAAACCACUCUCCUCUUCCUCAAGGUCAGGAUUAUAUAGCUUCAGACCUUCCUUCUUCUAUUUUUCUUGAACAACGUCAGCUCUUUGAACAAAGCAAAGUCCUAGAUGUAGAUCCCAUGAGAAAACACGAUUCCCCCCUUCCUCAAGGUCAGAAUUGUGUAGUAGAAAAGAAUAAUCAACAUAAGCCUAAAUCACACAUUUCUAAUAUGAAUGUUGAAGCCAAGUUCAAUAAUGUGGUUUCCCAAUCAGCCCCAAAUCAGUGUACGUUAGUAACAUCUGCAUCUACUCCACCUUCAAAUAGAAAAGCACUUUCUUGUGUUCGUAUAACUCUUGGUCCCAAGACUCCUUCCAAGUUGGAUAGUGGAACCUUAGAUAAAAGAUUUCAUUUGUUGGAUCCUGCUUCUAAAACAAGGAUGAAUAGUGAGUUUAACUCUGACCUACAAACCAUAUCUUCAAGAUCAUUGGAACCAACCUCCAAAUUAUUGACCAGUAAACCUGUAGCACAGGAUCAAGAACCUUUAGGUUUUCUAGGACCUAAAUCUUCACUGGACUUCCAAGUUGUACAGUCUCUUCUAGAUGGUAAUAUUAUUACUGAGGACUUGAAAACCAUACCUUUUCAGAAUAGCCAGAUAGUAACCUCAAGGCAAACACAAGUGAACAUUUCAGAUUUGGAAGGAUAUUCCAAUCCAGAAGGGACUCCGGUAUCUGCAGAUCGACCAUCAGAGGAGAUUAAGACCCCAUUUUCUGCCUUCUCUGGAAAAUUAUCAUCUGAUGCAGUUACUCAGAUAACAACAGAAAGUCCAGAAAAAGCUGUAUUUUCAUCUGAGAUUUUUAUUAGUGCUGAAGAUCAAGGACAUGAAAUUCCAGACCCCAGUGCCCAGAAGCUGGGCAAAGUUCCUGUCAAGUUUGCUUCAUCAUCUUCAGUCCAACAGAUUACUGUUUCUCAUGGCACAGAUGCCCAGCCGUCACUGUUGCCAUAUAAGCCUUCUGGUAGUAUGAAGAUGUACUAUGUUCCACAAUUAAGACAGAUUCCUUCAUCUCUGGAUUCCAAAUCAGACACCACCGUUGAGAGCUCACACUCAGGAUCCAAUGAUGCCGUUGCUCCAGACUUCCCUGCUCAAGUCCUAGGCACAAGGGAUGAUGACCUGACAUCUGUUAACAUUAAACAUAAAGAGGGGAUCUACAGUAAGAGGGCAGUGACUAAGACAUCCUUGUCAGUGGGGAAGAAACCCUUUCAGAAAGAUAAUGCAGAUGCCCAAGUUCAAGUUCCCAUCACUGGGGAUGACAACCUCUCAGACAAAAAUCAGAAAAAAGAGAUCUACAGUAAAAGAGCAGUGACUGAGGCUGCCCGACCUGAAGAAAAAGAAUCUUUGCAGAAAGACACUGCAGGUUCCAGUGAUGCUGCUGCUGCAGAACACUCAGCUCAACUACAAGACACAAAGGUUGAAAGCCUACCAGGCACUAAAGCCAUUAAACAGAAAGAGGAGAUCCCUAGUAAGAGGGAAGUUCCUAAAGAAGCCUGGUCAGAAGAUAAAGAAUCUUUGCAGAUAAACAUUGCAGAGUCCAGACGUCAUUCAGAAUUUGAAAAUACUACCCAUUCUGUCUUCAAGUCAGCCAAGUUUUACUUUCAUCAUCCAGUGCACCUACCAAGUGAUCAAGAAUUUUGCCAUGAUUCCUUAGGAAGGAGUGUUUUCAUGAAGCAUUCUUGGAAAGAUUUCUUUCAGCAUCAUGCAGACAAACAAAGAGAAUACACUUGUCUUCCUCCUCCUUAUCAAAAUGUAGAAAAGACAAAGAUGGAUUAUACCAAAAUAGAGAGCCUCAGUAUCAAUGUAAACUUGGAAAACAAAGAAGUGAUGCCUACUACUAAAAAUCAGGCCAGAGAUUAUCCAAAUUGUGACAAACAAAUUAAUGAUCCAAAAAGGGGUCAUAAGGUGACCCCAGAGCUAACAACUCAGCACACUGUGAGUUUAAAUGAGCUGUGGAACAAGUAUCAGGAGCGACAGAGGCAACAGAAACCUCCUGAGUUCACUGGCAGGAAAGAACUAUCCUUGGUGGAGCGACUUGAUCGUUUGGCUAAACUUCUUCAGAGUCCCAUCACACAUUCUCUGUGGCCCUCGGAAAGUACACAGGAUGAUAGCAGAGGGGAACGAGAUGUUAAGGAAUGGAGUGGUAGACAGCAACAGCAGAAAAACAAGCUUCAGCAAAAGAAGCGGUGUAAAAGCCUAGAGAAAUGCAAUAAAAACACAGGAGAUCUUAAAAAAACCAAGGUGCUUUCUACUCAUCAAGGUAGGAGGUCCAAUCAGAUUAAAAUUGAACAGAUUAAAUUUGAUAAAUAUAUUCUGAGAAAACAGCCAAGUUUUCACUAUAUAAACAACACUUCAGAUUCUAGAGUCUCAGAGGAGAGUGAGCUGCUCACAGAAUCUGCCACCAACAUCCUCUCUACCACCACUUCUCCUGCGGAAUCAGAUACAUUGACCCAAACAGAUAAAGAGGUGACUUUGCAUGAGAGGAGCAGCUCUAUUUCUACCAUUGACACUGCUCGAUUGAUCCAAGCUUUUGGCCAUGAAAGAGUUUGUUUGUCACCCAGGCGAAUUAAAUUAUACAGCAGCAUCACUGACCAUCAGAGGAGAUACCUUGAGAAACGAAGUAGGAAGAACAAGAAAGUUUUGAAUACAGGUCAUCCCCUAAUGACUUCUGAGCACACCAGAAGGAAACACCUCCAGGUGGCAAACCAUAUGAUUUCUUCUGACUCUAUUUCAUCUUCUACCAGUAGUUUCUGGAGCUCGAGCUCUACCCUUUGCAACAAGCAACAUGUGCAUAUGUUAAACAAGGGUAUACAAGCAGGUAACUUGGAGAUUGUGAAUGGUGUCAGAAAACACACUCGAGAUGUUGGGAUGACUUUUCCAACUCCAAGUUCUAGUGAGGCUAGAGAAGAGGACAGUGAUGUGACUUCCUGGUCAGAAGGAAAAGUAGAAGAGAAAAGGCUCCUUACCAAUUAUCUUGGGGACAAAAGGUUAUGGAAGAACAAGCAGAGUUGCCGUGAAGGAGUUACAUGGUUUGUUCCUGUGGAAAAUGUGAAGUCUGGUCCUAAGAAGGAAAACCUGCCCAAGCUUCGUGGCCCUGGUGUCUCCUGGUUUGCACCAAUAACCAGCACCAAACCCUGGAGGGAGCCACUACGGGAACAGAACUGGCAGAGACAACACAUGGCCAGCCACGGGUCACCAGCAGGCCCGGGCAGAGAUCCACUGAGGCCAUUUGUGAGAGCAACCCUACAGGAAUCACUUCAGCUUCAUAGACCUGACUUCAUCUCCCGCUCUAGGGAGAGGAUAAAGCGCCUAAAGUUAAUAGUCCAGGAGAGGAAGCUGCAGAACAUGUUACAGAGUGAGCGGGAGGCACUGUUCAACGCUGUGAGAGAAUGGCAGGGCUACCGGGACCCCAUGCGUCCGCUCCCUAAGAGAGGCUUCUUGGCUGCUGAGAAGAACAGGCCUAUUGGAAAGAAGGAAAUGAUUCAGAGGUCUAAACGGAUUUAUGAGCAGCUCCCAGAAGUACAGAAAAAGAGAGAAGAGGAAAAGAGGAGAUCGGAAUAUAAGUCAUACCGGCUGCGAGCCCAGCUAUAUAAAAAGAAAGUAACCAAUCAACUCCUGGGGAGAAAAGUUCCCUGGGACUGACAUAAGAUUAUUUUCCUCAGAGCCUUGGAAUUAUAUUUUAUCAACCUGGAGAAGCACAAUCCUUACUUUUAUGAGUCUGGUUUAAUAAAAUUUAAUUCGUUGUC